GGCGGCUGCAAAUAAACGGAAUGGGCGAUUAAGUACGAGAGAAGUAAAAGCCACUCCGUUUGGUCAGUUUUCUAAACAGAGCAAGACCCACCUUUUUCCAUUUUGCACCGUUGGGACAUGCCCCGUCCUAGAGCCCGCUGAGCCCCCUGCCCCAACAUAACGUAGCGCGGCCAGUCGCGGGAGGGGCGGUGACGUCACCGGGAGGGGCGGUGACGUCAGACUCCGGACAACAUGGCGGCUGAGUCAUCGGGAGCGGGGCUGUUAAGUUGGCUUCUUAAUUGGCUGCCAACUUGGUGUCCCACAUCUAUAUCUCUUCUCAAGGAUGCAGAGAAUAAGAUGUUACAGGGUGUCAGAAAUAAUUUUACGAAAGAUUUUGUUUCGUUACCAAAUGGCAACAAGAUUUGGACAUUAGUUUUCGGUCAAGACGUUCAUAACAAAACUCCACUUAUUCUGAUUCAUGGAUUUGGAGGGGGUGUUGGACUAUGGACCUUAAACUUUGAUGCCCUCAGCCUUCAACGCACUGUAUAUGCUUUUGACCUUGUAGGAUUUGGUCAAAGUAGUAGGCCAUGUUUCAGCAGUGAUUCUGAAGUGGCAGAAACUCAGUUUGUGGAGUCUAUAGAGGAAUGGAGGGCAACGUUGGGAAUGGAGAAAAUGAUUUUAUUGGGACACAACUUUGGAGGAUAUUUGGCUGCAGCGUAUACAAUUAAGUAUCCGCAAAGGGUGAAGCACCUCAUUCUCGUUGAGCCAUGGGGAUUUCCAGAGCGACUAAACUACAGUGAGCAGGAACAACCAAUGCCAUUGUGGAUAAAAGCCCUGGGUGCAAUUAUGAGUCCUUUCAAUCCACUAGCUGGCCUUAGAUUGGCUGGGCCCUUGGGUCCAUUUCUAGUUCAGCGAUUAAGGCCUGACUUCAAACAAAAGUUCGCUUCUGUAUGUGAAGAUGAAAAUACUGUCACAGAGUACAUUUAUCACUGUAACGCACAGACUCCUAGUGGUGAAACGGCUUUCAAGAAUAUGACCAUUCCUUUUGGUUGGGCUAAACAGCCUAUGCUUUUGAGGAUUAAUCAGAUUCAAGAGGACAUCUCCAUUACAGUGAUUCAUGGAGCGCGUUCCUGCAUAGAUAGUAUCUCCAGGAAACAGAUAAAGGCACUAAGACCAAAAUCCUCAGUGAAUGUAGUAGCCAUUCGAGGUGCUGGGCACUAUGUUUAUGCUGAUCAACCAGAAGACUUCAAUCAAACAGUACUGAGAAUCUGCAGUACUGUAGAUUAGUGAUCAGCCAGGAUUGGGAAUGUGCGGUACUGCAGUAACAUGUAGUUUAGGCAGCGCUGGAUACCUAAUGGACUAAUAAUUGGGGGGUACUAGAAAUCUACAGUAUUGUACAUUAACAGAUUCUACUGGGAAUUUUGCAGUCCUGUAGAUCAAUAAUCAGGCAGCAGCGGAUAUUUACUGUAUCGUAGGCAGUUCAGCAAAUCUUCUGUACUGCUCAUUAGCAAUUCAACAGCACCGGAUAUCUACAGUAGUGCACAUCAGCUACACUGAAUAUCUUCAGUACUGUUGACUAACUUAUACAUUUUUUAAUUCAAAAUGUAAUAAAUGCAAACAAAAUUAAUAUAAAAUAUUUUAGAAUGAAAAGUAAAAUACAAGGAGGAACUUUGAAAUUAGCAAUCUAAGACUAUGGCAGUACAUUCUGUGUUUGCUAAAAGUCAGUGAACCUUUUUAGUAUUAUUAUACCAAAUUUUAUUCUUGAUUGCUUCUACCACAAAGUAUUAUUUUGUGCAAUGUUAAUACUGAUAAAUCAUAACUAAUAACUAUUUAAUAUAUUUGCAUCAUUUCAGUUCAAAGUGAUUAUAAAGAUAUUUGUUUUGAUGGAAAAUAUAAACACCAUUGAAAAAUGCUAAUUGAAAUUGGCACUUAACCAUAAUUUGGGUGAUUAUUUUUGAAGCUUGUUUUUCACUUCUGUUAUAUUCAUUUACUGUAUGUUUUUUCUUAUAUUAGCUGCACUCCAGAAAGAACUUGUGAAAUACUCAUACACCUUAAGAUUCAUGGUAAAUUGCUGUAUUAGUGCUACAUUUUCCUAUCUUUAUUCAAAAAUUAUUCAGUCCUCUGUACCAGAGAUUUAAGAUUAUAAGACAUAAGAGCAGAAUUAGGCCAUUCAGCUCCGCUAUUCCAUCAUGGCUGAUUUCUUUUUCCUCUCAACUCCAUUUUCCCUAUUACCCUUGAUGCCCUGACUAAUCAAGGACCUAUCAACCUCCAGUGCCUCCAGACCCAAUGCCUUGGCCUUCACAGCCAUCUUCAGCAAUGAAAUUCACAGAUUCACUAUCAUCUGGCUAAAGAAAUUCCUUCUCAUCUCUGUUCUAAAAACAAGCACCUCUAUUCUGAGGUUGUGCCAUCUGGUCUUAGACUCCCCCACUACAGCAAACAGCCACUCUAUGUAGGCCUUUCAGUAUUUGAUAGGUUCAAUGAGAUCGCCCCUCAUUCUUCUAAGCUCAUCAAAUGCACCUCAUAAGUUAACUCUUUCAUUCCUGGAAUCAUUCUUAUAACCCUCAUUUGGAUCUUCUCCAAUGCCAGCACAUCUGUUUUUAGAUAAGGGGUCCAAAGCUGCUCACAAUACUCCCAAGUGAUGUCUGACCAAUGCCUCAGUACUGAAGCCUCAGUAAUAUACCCUUGCUCUUAUAUUCUGCUUCUCUUGAAAUGAAUGCCAGCAUUGCAUUUGCCUUUUUUAUCACUGACUCAACCUGCAAGAUGACCUUUAGGAAAUCCUGCACAAGGACUUCCAAGUCCCUUUGUACGUCUCAUUUCUGAAUUUUCUUCCCAUUUAGAAAAUAGUCUUUAUUCCUUCUACCAAAGUACGGGCUCUCCCUGCAUCUCCACCUAUUUUUGUAUUGUCCACAAACUUGGCUACAAAGCCAUUAAUUCUGACAUAUUACUUGAAAAGAAGCAGUCCCAACACUGACCCCUGCAGAAAAUUACUUGGUACCGACAGUAAACCUACUCAUCAGAAAGCUCGGUAAAACAUUGAGCGAGGCUAGGGUAAACCAAGUGAAGCCAAUCAGAUGUUCCCUUUGUCCAAUCUAUCUCCUCUGCACCCAGUUGUCUUAGCUUUGCUCUUUCCCAGUUCGAACUGAAGGUUCUCAGACUUGAAAAGAUCUCUAUUUCAGGUCCGGCAAAUGCCUCCUGACCUACUGACUGUGUCCAGCAUUUACCGUUCAGUUAUUAUUACAGGAAACUCUCUGAGUCCCACAUGUAGGCUGUGGGCAGGAAGUGGGUAGGGGGAAGUAGGUGAGCAAAGCGCCAGAACUGCUCGGUGUGAUCAUUGCUUGUGGAUAUUCUGCAGCUUGUACGGAUUCUUAUCCCAGAUGUGACCUGUACUUCAGACCCCAACCUCAGAUCUGACUAAAUCCAUGCUGCAAUGCUCCACUCCUAUCUGCUGCCAAUGUCCAGAAAACUUUGUUGCAAGAAGAAUUGUGCAUUGGUACUUUCAUUUGUUGCCUUUUUAAAUGACAGUUUAUUAACAUAAGAGUAUUGGAUCCAUAAACAGAACAGAACUUUAAAUCAUAUAAGACAUGCAACAACAGUAUAACAUACCAAGGGCAUAUUAGUAUAACAUGGAAGAAGAUAAAUAGCAGUAUUUUUCAUCUCAUGCACACAUACUUGUCCUAAACUAAUUCAUCGGCAGGUUUAAGUGAUUACACAGCUUUGUCACAUUCAUUAAAAUAGGUGACACAAGAAUGCAUUACUGUUGGUUAGGAAAUAUCCGGAGGAUCCCAAGCCUAUUUCCAUUGUAAACCAGUUCUUUGGGUUAUAAUGGCUGUGGAACAAGUCUAAAUGAUAAUUAUAUAGAACAGUAAUUCAUUAUGGAAUCUAUAUAUAUGUUACAUAAAUAUUUUUAUUAUUCUAAGCUUUAUACAUGUAUACAGUUUCAUAAAUAAGUAAAUGUCAAAACAUUAUGCUUA